UGAUCAGUAUCAUCAUAAUGUCAUAAUUAUAAAAGAAAUUGGAUAUAUCAUGAGCUGCUCUGUAGAAUUAAGACAGCGUAGACAACAGGGGAUGGCGGAGGAUCCUCAUAAACUUGCAGCAAUGAUGAAUAAAUCUCAAAGACUUGUGUUGGGCCUGUUAGUUUUAUUGUUAGUUGAUAUCAUUUGGGUUUCUAGUUCUGAACUUACUAAAUAUAUUUACAGAGAAGCAGCAUUUGAAAAACCAUUUUUUAGUACAUAUGUGAAAACAUCAAUGUUUACAUUCUAUUUACUUGGUUUAUGUUUUUGGCCUCCAUGGAGAGAUCAGUGCAAUAAACCAGCAACAUAUAUGUUUAUAGAUCCUAAUGUAGAAGAUGAUAACUUCUACUCAGAAGCCAACACAAGUUUGAGUGACCCAACAUUUGUUCCAAUAAAAACAUCGGAUCAUUGUGAUCGUUCUUCAGGUACAGAGAGUGAUGAUUCAUCAAUACGUUCAGUAAGAUUUAGUAAAUUAGCAGAAGUUCGUCAUAUGUCAGAAAGUGAUGCCACAGAAGCAUUAUUAGCAAGACUUAGUUAUCAAGCAAGCUUAAGAGCUGGAGAACAUGCAAGACGACAAGCCAAUAAAUUUUCUGUCCAAAAAGUUGCUAAAAUUGCACUUAUGUUUUGUUUACUUUGGUUUAUGGCAAAUUAUACUUAUCAAAUAUCAUUAGCAAGAACUGAAGCUGGAAUUGUAACUGUAUUAACAUCAACUUCUAGUUUAUUUACUCUGUUUCUUGCUGCAUUUUUUCCUAGUAAUGGUGGGGAUAAGUUUACAUUAUCUAAACUAGUUGCUGUCUCUAUUAGCAUUCUUGGACUAGUUCUAGUUGGUCUUUCAGAUUUAACUAUAGAAACUAGUAGAAUACCUACAGGCAUAAUAUUGGCCCUAGUCAGUGCAUUUUUUUAUGCAGCUUAUAUAGUGUUUUUAAAGAGAAAAGUAGAUCAUGAAGAUAAGAUGGAUAUUCCAAUGUUUUUUGGAUUUGUUGGACUUUUUAAUUUGACACUUCUAUGGCCUGUAUUUUUUAUUCUUCAUUAUGGCCAUUGGGAAGAAUUUGAAUGGCCAGAUACUCAUCAGUGGACAUUUUUAAUUAUCAAUGGUUUGAUUGGUACAGUUUUAAGUGAAGUACUUUGGUUGUGGUAUGGGUUUUUUUUAACGUCAUCUCUCAUCGCGACUUUGGCAGUUAGUUUACUUAUGCCAAUGUCAAUGAUAGCUGAUGUCUUAUUAAAAAAAGUCGAAUACCCUUGUAUUUUCUAUCUAGGAACCAUUCCAAUGCUAUUGGCAUUUCUGACUGUAUCUCUUCUAUCAUAUUAUGACAAUUGGGAUCCAGUAAUGGAUUUAAUAAAAAGAAUUUAUAUUUGGAUUUGCAGGAAAAAUAGAUCAAUAAGAAUACCAGAUCUUGAAGCAGAACAAACAGAAUCGCUCAUAGGAAUAAAUAGCGGCGAACACGAAGCUUAAUUCGACAAUAACGA